AUGGAAAAUUUAGAUGAAGAUGAGAUAUUUGAAAAUUUAGAUGCUGCAUAUUAUAUUGAAGAUGAUUUUUCUCAUGUAACUUUUGAAUUAAAAAAACUUACACAUAAUGGAAUUACACUUGAAAAUAUAUUGAAUGAAAGAGAUAAGUUAAAAAAACAAUUGGCCAUAGUCAAUAAACGUAUUGCAGAAGAAAUAAAAGAUCAUACUCAAGAAUUUACAGUUGAAAUGGAAAAAAUAUAUAGCGUAAAAGAGCAGGUAUCAUUGUUAUUAGAAGUUAUAAGUGAUAUAAGGCAACAUCUAAAUGCGCAUCAAUAUCAGACACAGACAACUCUUAGAAUUGUUGCAGUUGAUAGAAAGAAAAAAUUAUUGACUAGAUUAAAAAAUGCUUUGACUGAAAUAAAAAAAUUACAUGAAAAAAUGUUUACAUUUGAAGAUUUAAUUAAUGAAUAUCAAUUUAUUCAGGCUUUAAAAUUAUCAGAUACUAUAGCAGCGAGUCUUAAGAAACAUGAUAAUAUUAUAAUAUAUGGUAAAAUGGAAAAAAUGUUUCAAGAAAUAAUGAAAAAAUUAGAGUAUAAAUUAGAAGAUGCUUUAGCUUCAAUUGUGUUUCAAUUUGAUGAUCAAAAAUUGUAUCAAUGUUAUUCAGCAUAUAAAAAAUUAUGUAAAUUAGAUAUUUUAUUAGAAAAAAUUAUGUCUUUUUAUAAGAUUGCCAUUGAAUCACGUGCCAAAGAUAAAAUUUAUUUAGUAUUAAAUCGUCAUUUUGAUGCAGUUGAAGUAGAAUCUUAUGAAUUACUUUGUGAAAAAGUUACUUCUGAAAUUUUAACAGAAACUUUGUUAGAACAAUGUACUUCAUUUGUACAAGUUUUUAUUAGUUAUCAUGAAAUGUUAAAAUAUUCUAGAAAUAGUGAAUCAACUUUACUAGAUGAAGACUUUUCUCAUUCGUUAGAUGUAAAAUUAAGUACAUUUUGUUACAAUUUUUUUAAAAUAGCAGCUAACAAAAUUAAUACUCUUCUAGCUUGUAAUGAUAUGUCAUAUGUUAAAUUUGAUACUUUCCUUGAUAUUGUAGAGUAUAUUAAUAUUUUUAAAGAUUUUGGUAAAAAAUAUUUUGGAUACAAUUGUGUAGAAAUAACUAUGACUUUAGAUAAGCAAAUUUUGGUAUAUUUUCAACGUUACCAUAAAGAAAGACUUGAAGAAUUAAAGUUAUUUCUUGAAAAUGAAAUGUUUACUCCAGUUCCUGUAUCAUUUCAAUUUACAAUUUUUGAUUUACAAGAAUUUCAAUUUUUAAAAGAAGAUAGGUAUUGUAUUUCAAAACGGAAAGAAAAAAAUUUUGAUGAAAAUGGUAUAGGUGAAGAGAUGGAGUAUCAAUUAAUUCCUGACUCAUUUGUAAAUCCAUUUUCACAUAAAGAACCAUCUCCAAAAAAACAGAAAGUAUUUAGUAAUCUUGGUGUAGUUGAAGACAUUUACAAAAGUCCAGAUGUUGAUGAAGAUUUAAAAAUUAAUGCUCCUGUUUUAUGUAAUACAACAUUAUCAUUGAUGAAACUUCUUGGAAAAUAUAUAAAAGCUUCUUUGCUUUUUCCCUGUAUAGCUGAGAAUGUUGUAGAAAGUUUGAUGGAACUUUUUUAUUAUCACUUAAUAUUAGUUUAUGAUCUUUUUAUAUCUCAUACUUCACCAAUAAACAAUAUUGAUUUUGAAAAAAAAUUUACAUUUAGAAAUGAAGAUUAUACAGCUGUUAAUAAAACAAUAGAAAAAAUAAAAGAAUCUUUGAAUCCAUCUUCACCAAUUAAAUAUGAUUCAGCAAAAGGAAACACUUUGUUUGUUGAAAAUUUUAAUCACAUAUCUAAUUCAGAUAAUUAUUUUUCAAUUCAAGAACGCGUUGUAGCUAUAGAAUCAAUUAUUUUUAUGUCAAAACAAUUAGAUUUGGCUCAUCCAGUAAUAGAAUCAUUUUUUAUUGAUGAUACCAAUACAGCAUUUAAAUUAAAACUUGAAAAUUUUUUUACUAUUCUUUUACCUUCACUUUCAAAAUUUAAAGAUAAAGGAUUUGCUAUAAUAGCAUGUAAUUUUAUAGACUAUGAAGAGCUCCUUCAUCAAGUAACUUCUACUAAAUGGGAAAUUAAGGAACUUAAAUGUGAACAUAGUUCUUAUGUAGAUUUUCUCUUAUCAGAAUUUGAAAGAUUUUCAAAAAUUAUAAAUAAUUUAUCAUUAGCAAUGCGUGUGCCAAAUAAUACCAAACAUAAUAUAUGGAACUCAACCAUAUCAUUAACAUUUAGAAUUUUAGUUCAGGGAUAUUGUGAAUCUUCUAAAAAAUGUACCAAUGAAGGUCGUGCAUUGAUGCAACUAGACUUUCAACAAUUGAUAUUUAAACUUGAAGCUGAAAACACUGAUUGGAAUCGUGAUAUUCCUAAACCUAUUAUUUUUAAAAGUUAUGUUGAUAAUUUUAUUAAAGCAUAUUAUUUAUCAGAAAGUUCACUUGAACAAUGGAUUUCACAACAUAAAGAAUAUUCUUCUAUCCAAAUUUCACAAUUUUUAACCACAGCUAGCCAUAUUUCCAAAAAAGCUAAAACUAGAAUUUUGAACAAAUUAAUUGAUUUAAAUCACUCAUAA